GAGCUGGUGCCCGUUGUCUGCUGGCGGAAGGAGCGCGGCUCUCGGAGCGCAGGAAUGGAGGGAAAAAAACUGAUUUCUGCAACAGACACCCAGUACUCUGGUAUGCUACUCCAGUCUUUGAAUGAACAACGUGACCAUGGACUUUUUUGUGACGUUACUGUCAUCGUGGAGGACCGGAAAUUUCGAGCCCACAGAAAUGUUCUUUCUGCUUCUAGCACAUAUUUUCACCAGCUUUUCUCAGUUGCUGGGCAAGUGGUGGAACUGAGCUUUAUAAGAGCAGAGAUUUUUGCAGAAAUACUCAACUAUAUAUAUAGCUCAAAAAUAAUCCGAGUUCGAUCAGACUUACUUGAUGAGUUGAUUAAAUCAGGGCAAUUACUAGGAGUUAAAUUUAUAGCAGAACUGGGUGUACCUCUGUCACAAGUAAAAAGCCUAUCUGGUGGCAUCCAGGAUGGUACUUCAGAAACUUUACCUUCUAGCUCAGAUCAAGAGAGUCUUGAAACACAAAUAUCCCCAACAAAACAUGUGAGUCAACAUGUAAUUGGUGGGAUGCCUGUUAUAACAGAAUCAUUUUCCUUACAUGGUGAAGAAUAUGAAACUACAAAAAUUACAGUGAGUGAUUCAGACGAUGAUGAUGAUGUGAUCUUUUGCUCUGAAAUUGUGCCUGCGAAAGAGCGUUCUCCAGAGACCGGUGCAGUGGCACAGAGCCAGCCUUGCCCAAAUCCUGCUGCGGUUUCUGACCAAACGUCCUGUAGCACUGGUGGAUCUCUCCCUCUAACUAGUAUUGCAGCAACUCAAAAACUCACUUCCUCUGCCAACCAACCAAGUCCAAACCAAACACAAACUAGUGCUGAAUCACUUGACUCUUCAACUCCAAAGCAUUUGACUCCCAACAUCAUUUUGCUAAAUCAGUCUCAACUUAAUUCAUCACUAAGUGUCAGUUCCUCACAUCAACAACACGUGUCUCCUACCGUUAAUUUGCUUGGGGAGAACCAACAGCCAUCUAAUAAUGAGUCUUUAGCUGAAAUGGAAACAAAUGCUGUUGAUGAGGAAGAAGAAGAGGAGGAGGAUGUGGAAGAUGAUGAUAUCAUUAGCUCAUCUAGUCCAGGUUCAGUCAGUAGCAGCUCUUUGGUUCAGCAAUCUUCUCCCCCCAAAGUAGCGGCGUUUGAAGGAUCAGGUGUACAGAAAAAACAGGUUGUUACUUUUCCACAGGAACCAUCUUCCAAACCUGGGGAGUUUAAAAUAAAAAUCUCAGAUGUUCUUACUGGAAGCAACAAGGAUCCUUCUGCGGGUGUAGCAUCAAAACAUGUGAUGGAAGGUCAAAAGAUCAUAACUUUAGAUACAGCUACUGAAAUAGAAGGCUUGUCAACAGGUUGUAAGGUUUAUGCAAAUAUUGGUGAAGAUACAUAUGACAUAGUAAUUCCUGUAAAAGAUGAUCCAGAUGAAGGAGAAGUCAAACUUGACGAGAUGCCUAGAACAUCUGGUGAUGAUCCUGCAAACAGAAAACGCAUGAAGCUAAAACAUGAUGAUCACUAUGAGCUCAUAGUGGAUGGAAGGGUCUACUACAUUUGUAUUGUAUGCAAGAGAUCCUAUGUAUGUCUGACAAGUUUGCGGAGACACUUUAACGUUCAUUCCUGGGAGAAGAAGUAUCCAUGUCGAUACUGUGAAAAAGUUUUCCCUCUUGCAGAAUACCGUACAAAACAUGAAAUUCACCACACUGGUGAGCGAAGGUACCAAUGCUUGACAUGUGGGAAAUCUUUCAUCAAUUAUCAGGUUAUGGCUUCACAUAUAAGAUCAGUUCAUAGUCAAGACCCUUCUGGAGAUACCAAGCUUUAUCGUUUGCAUCCUUGCAGGUCUUUACAGAUCAGACAAUAUGCAUAUAUUACUGAUCGUUCAAGCAGUAUACCUGUAAUAAAUGAGGAUGGACUUGUUUAUCGUGUUGGUGCAGGAAAAGAUGAUGCUGAAGGAACAACUUCUAAUCCUCCAACCAAGCCAAUGACCUGGGAUGAUAUUUUCAUUCAGCAGGGAAGUGAAUCAAUUUUUAAACAAAAUCUAUCAGAGGGUAGUACUGAAUUUGAGUUUGUAAUACCAGAGUCUUACUGAAAUGCUUUAAGUGCUGAAAAAGCUUCAGUAUAGAAAAGCUGCAACUGUUUCAAAUGAACUGCUAAAAAUAUUGUAAAACAAAUUGUUAACGUGAAAACAAGUUUACUUGUUCUACCAAGUCAUCAAAGGGUAGCAUUUAGAUGGAUUAUUUGUAGCUGCAAGUCAUU